AUGGCGGACUCCUCGGGGCGCGGCUCUGGGAUGCUUUCUGCAGGGGAUCCCAGUACUCCCAGUGGCUCCAGGCCGAAAGGAAAGCAAAUGCAAGGAGGAAAAGUGGUCGAAUCCCGCUACCUGCAGUAUGAGAAGAAACCCACUAAAAAGGCUUCUGCCGCAGACGUUUCAAAGCUCAGCGGGAAGGUUCCUGAGGGCGGAAGGAAGCCCAGCUCCCUCCAGAAGAGCAGAGAAAGCAGCGGGAUCUUCGACAAAGGCGACCUGCAGUCCACGCUGCUGGAAGGACACGGCACCGCCCCCCCGCACCUGGACCUCUCGGCCAUCAACGACAAGAGUAUGCUCAGAAAGACUCCACAGUUAGAAAAAAAAACGCCAAGGAAAACCGAGUCGACAUCAUUUUCUGCCUCGCAGGAAAAGGACCCAGAUCUCUCCGAAUUGAUGGAAUCCCAAACAUUACUCCUGACUCUCCUGACCGUGAAGAUGGAGAACAGCCUUGCCGCGUUUGAAGACAAGGCAGAGAGGCACUUAGUGAUGAUGUGCCGGGAGAAGCAGCAGCUGCUGAAGCAGGCCCACGAGCUGCAGCGCGAACUCCUUCUCCGCCAGAAGAAGCGGGAGCUGCUGGAUGUCCUCAGCCCGCAGAUCGAGAUGCUCAGCCCCUACGAGGCCGUGUGUGAGAGCUUCAAGGAGCAGUACAAGACAUUCGCCACAGCCCUGGACACCACGAGGCAUGAGCUGCCGGUGAGAGCAGUCCACCUGGACGGAGGCCCGCACAAGUUCUUAGAUGAUUUGCAGCGGGAAUUGACGACCACACACCAUCUGUUGGGAGAACUUGGGGUCUGCAGUUCAGAAGAAAAUGGGAAAGUGCUAGACCUGCUGGGAGAACUGAAGGAAAUGACCCAGAAGAAGGAUCUGGAGCUCCGAAGGAGCUUCGCCCAGGUGCAGGAACUCUCCGCCGGCGUGAGUAAGGAGGCGGCCUUACUGAACCAGGAGGUCUGGGAGGAGGCCCAGGGCCCCGUGGCCCCCCGCCAGUGGUAUUUCAACGAGGAGGACCCCCGAGGGGACACUUGGGGAGAGGCCAGCAGGCCGCUGCUCUCAGGCGCUGACAAGCCCUGCGCGCUGUGA